GCUUCAGAGAUAGAAAAACGUGAUAUGACUGCACGUAGAAGAUCUCCUUCUCCUCUUAACAUAUCAAAGCGACCUCCUUCACCAACAACUGAAAAUAAAAGGACACAAAAGGUCCGCUCACCAUCUCCAAGCCUUUCAAAAACCAGGCUUUCUUCUCCUUCUGCCACCCAAAAGCCUGUUCCUAUUCAGCGACCACCACUUACAGCAAAUGUCUUAAAUGUUACCAAAAAGAAUGCAGGGUCAGAAUUACAGCCAAAGGAGAAAGCAGAGGAAUGUGUAAGCUCAGAGUCCAAAUCGUCACCAGUAUCAGAAAAGGAGACACCUUCAGUUGCUACAAAGACCAAAGAGGGCCCACGCAAACAACCCGCUGAGGAAUUUCCGCGUGGCUUAUCUCCUGUAGACCCUACUGCAGCUUCUCAAGUUUCAGCUGAUGCAGAUCUCCCUGUCCAACAGCCUAUGAAUGCAAACAAGGUUGCCUCAGAAUGCUGCGAAAAUAGCAGUACAAACCUGGCUGUG